AUGGAAGGCGGAGUACCACGAGAUCACCGGCCACUGGAGCCGGAGGAGAAAUUACCACCACCACGUCUGAAUAAUGAUGAUGAUGACAACGAGGGCUAUAAAGCUCAGAGAACGCAGACACAGGAAUCUGGCCUACGGCAUACCAUGUCGCUCGAAAAGCAGGUUCCCUUAGCCCGCGAGGUACUUGUGAUCGCCAUCGUCUGCUUAUCACAAUUCUGUACCCAAGUUGGUCUAGGUCAGACCCUCAGCAUACUACGAAUCAUCGCUGAUAGCUUCGGCAUCGACGAUCCUGGACUUCAGAGCUGGCUGAUCGCGGGCUACUCAUUGAGCGUCGGAACUUUCAUUCUCCUCUUCGGCCGCAUGGGCGACGUCUUCGGAUAUAAGCACAUGCUCGUGAUCGGCUACUCGUGGUUUGCUUUAUGGUCGAUGGUUGCUGGUCUAGCUAUAUACUCGAACUAUGUCCUGUUUGUCUUCGCGAGAGUACUUCAGGGCAUCGGACCUUCGAUAUGCUUACCGAACGGCCUCGCACUUCUCGGUGCACUGUACGAGCCUGGACCUCGUAAGAACAUGGCUUUUGCAAUGUUUGGAGCUUGUGCGCCUGCUGGAUCUAUCGUUGGAGCAGUGUUUGGUGGGCUAUUCGCUUUGGUAUGGUGGCCUUGGACUUUCUGGUCGUUUGCCAUCACACUGGCGGUCAUUGCGCUCGCUGCUGCCUGGCUAGUCCCAGAUCCGCAGGUGUAUGGCGAGAGGCCACGAACGGUCAAAGGCUGGAUCGACGAGCUCGAUUUGGCAGCUGGGACGGUCGGCGUUGUCGGACUCAUCUUGAUCAAUUUUGCCUGGAACCAAGCACCUAUCGUUGGAUGGCAGUCGCCUUACGUCUGCGUAUGUCUCGUACUUGGCAUACUACUUGUGCCAUUGUUCUUCUGGUUGGAGCUGAAGGUGUCUCCUAAUCCACUCAUACCGUUUAGUGCCUUCACCAGUACCAACGCGUUUGUGCUGUCGUGUAUGGCAUGCGGAUGGGGCAGCUUCGGUAUCUGGGUGUACGAACUUUGGACGAUCUUGUUUGUGUUGCGUGGCUCCAGUCCGCUUCUGGCGUCCGCAUAUCUAUCACCGCUGGUACUUUCUGGCGCAAUAGCUGCUGUCGCGACCGGUUUCUUGCUUUCGCAUCUCAGGCCGGCUUAUCUCAUGGUGAUUGCAAUGUCAGCUUUCUUGACGGGCAAUCUGCUUAUCGCGACUGUACCACCACAUCAGAUAUAUUGGGCUCAAUUUUUCGUCACGAGUAUAAUCGCCUGCUGGGGUAUGGAUAUGAGCUUCCCCGCUGCAACCAUAUACCUGUCGAACACGAUCGAGAAGUCGAAGCAGGGUGUCGCUGCCAGCCUUGUCAACACGAUCGUGAACUAUUCGAUCAGUAUCGCCCUGGGCUUUGCUGGCACCGUCGAGGCACAUGUCAAUCAUGGAGGCCAGACGGACAGAGACAAACUCGAUGGCUACAGAGGCGCACUAUACAUGGGAACCGGUCUUUCUGGUAUGGGCCUGGCAAUCAGCAUCGUCUUUCUUGCGAAAACAUACUGGGAGGAUCGUAAGCAACGGCCAAUCGAUCCGGAGGCGAAGUCAUCACCAAGCGAGGAGACCACUUGA